UAUAAUAAAAUAAAUUGCUCAAUUCACACAUACACACAAAUAAUGUUCAUAUUUUAUUUAAUUAUAAUAAAUAAAUAUGUAUUGGUGUUAUGUCAGGUGUCUGUUUCAUAUUCAUGCUUCAUAGGCUAAUUCAAUAUUGACGGCUGUAUGGUUAACUUGCAGUCUUUGAUAGAAAUAAAAGUUUAUUAAUCUGUAGUUGACUAAUAUGUCCUCGUAUCUGAAUUUUCUAAUAUACAGAGAAGCAGAAAAAGGUUCACACAAUAAAAUAGAAAAGACUAAUCAAAAGUCUGUGGUCCCUAUGGAUUUUCAACGGCAUGGGAUAUCACUACACAAUACAGUAACCUUUGUGCUAACAUAUGUUAAAGGAAAAACAAAACUCACAACCAUGAAAACCUUACAGCAGAACAUGACUUGUACUGCAAGGUUUAUUAGCUUCAUUCUCCUCUUCCUCUUCCUCUUCAUGACCAUAUCAAGUGCACAAUCACCAUUAUACUGGUACACUCUUUGCCAGAACUCAACACAAAAAACCAACAACACUUCAUACCAAUCCAACGUUAACAACUUCCUUUCAUGGAUAAACACUGAUUCUGCCAAAGGCACAGUAUCCAAUCACAACACCAUGGGCACCAACAACAGUGAUCAUGACAAUGUUUAUGGGUUCUACGAUUGUAGGGGUGACAUCACAGGAAGUUUCUGUCAAUUUUGUAUCAAUACUGCUGUUAGAGAAAUCGCUCAACGUUGUCCCAACAGUGUCUCGGCAAUGAUAUGGUAUGAUAUAUGCAUCAUUGGUUACUCUAACCAAAACUCCUCGGGAAAAGUAAUUGUAACCCCAUCAUGGAAUAUAACCGGAUCCGAAAACGUUAAGGAUUCAACAGAACUUGGGAGAGCAGAGAAUGAAAUGACGAGUUUGAUAGACAAAGUGACUACAGAAGACAAUCCCAAUUGGGCAACGGGUGAAUACAAUUGGAGUAACACUGAGAAAAGGUAUGGUUUAGUGCAGUGUAAUAGAGAGCUUAGUAAGGAUGGGUGCAGACAGUGUUUGGGGGCUAUGUUGGAUGUAGUUCCUCAGUGCUGUGGAACAAAAGUAACAUGGGUAGUUGCAUCUCCUAGUUGUGGAAUGAAGAUUGAUAAUUAUAGGUUCUACCAACUGCAAACAGGAUCUCUUUCUCCAUUGCCAAAUCCAGGCAAGAAAGAAGGUGCAAGUAAUACAAAAACCUUGAUCAUCAGCUUAGUAAUUGUACUGGUGGGCAUAGCUCUACUAAGUUUUGUCUACUACUACUGGAGAAAGAAUGAAUUAGGUAAAGGUCUUUUGCGGUUGAAGAUCACUCCUGUGUCUUUUCAUGAUCAUGUUCAGAGAGAAGAUUCAAUGAAAGGAGACAUUCCUACAAUCCCAUUAACUAUAAUUCAACAGGCCACGGAUAACUUUUCAGAGUCAUCUAAAUUGGGAGAAGGUGGAUUUGGCCCUGUUUACAAGGGUACAUUACCAGACGGCACAGAAGUUGCUGUGAAAAGGCUUUCAGAAACAUCAGGUCAAGGUUCAGAGGAGUUCAAGAAUGAAGUAAUAUUCAUAGCUAAACUGCAACACAGAAACCUUGUGAGACUCUUGGGUUGCUGCAUUGAUGGAAAUGAAAAAAUACUUGUAUAUGAAUACAUGCCAAAUUCAAGCCUUGACUCUCACCUUUUCGAUAAGGAAAAGCAUAAGCAACUGGAUUGGAAAUUACGACUAAGCAUGAUCAAUGGAAUUGCAAAAGGACUGCUUUACCUUCAUGAGGAUUCUCCACUUCGAAUAAUCCAUAGAGAUCUGAAAGCCAGCAAUGUUCUUCUGGAUGAUGAAAUGAAUCCAAAAAUAUCAGAUUUUGGAUUGGCAAGGACAUUUGAAAAGGACCAAUGUCAGACAAAAACAAAACGAGUUAUUGGCACCUAUGGAUACAUGGCUCCAGAAUAUGCUAUGGCUGGGUUUUUUUCAGUGAAAUCAGACGUUUUUAGCUUUGGAGUUCUUUUAUUAGAAAUAAUUUAUGGAAAAAGAAAUGGCGAAUUCUUUCUUUCAGAACAUAUGCAAAGUCUUCUAUUAUAUACUUGGAAACUGUGGUGCGAAGGAAAAAGUUUAGAAUUAAUCGAUCCGUUCCACAAAAAAACGUACAUUGAAAGUGAAGUUUUGAAGUGUAUACACAUUGGUUUAUUGUGUGUACAAGAAGAAGCAGCGGAUCGACCAACCAUGUCCACUGUUGUUCGUAUGCUAGGAAGUGACACAGUAGCCCUUCCAAAACCCAAUCAACCAGCAUUUUCAGUUGGGAGAAUGUCCAAGAAUGAAGAUCAAACUUCAAAAAAUUCUAAGGAUAAUUAUUCUGUUGAUGAAGUAACACUAACUAUUGUCUCACCUAGAUAGUUAAUACUUAAUAUUUAUGGUUCACUUUGCAGCAGAUUUGAAAAUAUUGUUCAAUUCUCGGUUGAGCUGAAAAUAUAUCUAACAUGUUAUUAGUUUGUGAAUA